AUGCAAAUCUCACGUUCUCUCAAGACGAUGCUGGUGUCCGGCGUGACAGUCAGCUCGCUGAUUGUGCCCUGCUCCGUCAAAGUCAAGAACGGCACGGCUCCGAUAAACAGCAUCGCCAGUUCUGUGAUCAGUCCUGCCAGCUCUGCGGUCAGUUCUGUGAUCAGUCCUGCGAUCAGUCCUGCCAGCUCUGCGAUCAGUUCUGCCCCUGCCCCAACCAAUGGCCCAGGGAGCAGCGUGCCCGUCGGUUCGGCCAUCCGCAGCUGUACCGUUCCCGGCACCUUUGCCCUUACCUUCGACGAUGGCCCUUUCAACUUUACGGAUCACGUCCUCGACCUCUUGAAGGCGGCUGGUGUCAAGGCCACAUUCUUCGUCAACGGCCAGAACUGGGGAGACAUCAACGACUACAAGCCGACAGUCGAGCGUAUCCUGGCGGAGGGUCACCAGCUCGGUUCCCACACCAACAGGCACCCCGAUCUCACGACCCAGUCCGACGCGGAAAUCAUUGAGGACAUGACCACGUUGGAAAACACCCUGGUCAGCCUCGUUGGAAGGUUCCCGACUUACAUGCGGCCCCCGUUCUUCGCUUACAACGACGAUACGCUGUCGAUUCUCGGUGCCCUCGGCUAUCAUGUCAUCGACGCUGACCUUGACACGAACGACUGGCGCUACAACAACCUGGGCAACGAGACGGCCGUCGGCAUCUUCCAGCAGGGGCUUGCUGCCGGCGGUACCAUCGCUCUGGCCCACGAUGUCCACCAGAACACCGCCGAGGUGCUCGUGCCCGAGUUCCUCCGCGUCCUCGCCACGACGAACCUCACCGCCGUCCCCGUCGGCCAGUGUCUCGGCGACCCGGAAGAGAACUGGUACUCCACCACGCGCACGGCAACCCCGACCGCCACCGGCGUCCCCACUCCCAUUGUCAUCACGAGCACCGUCACGCCCACCGGCGUCAUCGGACCCGACGGUGCUUGCGGCGGCGAUCAGGGAUUCGUCUGCCUGGCCGGCACCUGCUGCAGCCAGUUCAACUUCUGCGGCACGAGCAGGGACCAUUGUGGCACCGGGUGCCAGAAUGCCUUUGGCGUCUGCGCUUAG